CAAUUCAUUUUACUUCGACGAUCAAAAUGAGUGUUGGGCUUCAAACUACUGGGAGUUUGAGGCAAUGGUGGUGUGCUCAGGCCAGGGUAUGGUCGUCUACUCCUCGCAUGUCAAACUGUCUAAUUUCACCUUGCCACCUCCUAUAAUUACCACGUUCACUGUUACUGACCCGAAACUUGGAGAAUCGUUCACCGUCAACUACAUUGCCCUGUGUUCGAAGUUCUUCAACUUUACUCUCAAUUAUGGAAGCGAAAACCUUGGGACUGUGAUGUCUGGCCAAGUUAUUCCAUACGAUGUACCUCCCUGCACAACAAUGACUUUCACCCUAACACCUUCAUUUGGAGGGACAUCAGGGGUGUCUGUGAACGCUGAUUGCACCACACCUGAUGUUCCAGACGUGGACAAUCUCAGCAUCGACACCUUUGUGCUCAACAUGUCCUUCGUGGUGCACUUCACACCUAAAUGUCCUGGAGUUUUCACCUACAACUUGUUGAAGGACGGUUCUUCCGUCCAACCUGAAGUGGAACAAGAUGCCUUGGUCACGUUCGACGUACAGCCAUGCACCACAUACUCCACCUUCACUCUGCAACCUGUGAACCCGAACGGGACAGAUGCCGGAACUGCAAUUCCUAUUCCUACCACCCUGAAAUCUCCUAACUGGUUGAAAUUGAAUAAUGCCUCGGUUGUCUCGGUAACGAUGGCUGAAGGACUCAAAAUACAAGUGGACAUGUACAAUCCUUGCUCGAUUGUUAGCGGCAUCGAGGUCCGAACUCCCAGCUCUUCGGCAACACCCAUCGUCUACCCUGCUUCUUCGUCCUCUGACAUCGUCGUCAAUUGUUCACAGACGAACGACUUCAGUUCGUUCAAAAUCACUCUUCUGACAACCGAACCAUACACUCCGGUGCAAACCAAGACGGUUUCCAUGAUUAAUAAUAAAUUAGCUGGUAUGACUAUCACCCCAUAUCCGGCUGUGGGCACGUGCUACGCAUACGAUGCUUCACGUGUCGCGCAAACUGCGGCCAAAAAUAAAUGCACGGACAAUGGCUUGAAAUUGAUCAACUCCCAGGAACUGUACUUGCUCUACCGCCAAAUUCUGGGGCCUAAUUGGGUUUGGGUUGGAAUAAAUUAUUCUCCAAAUCCAAUUAAUAAGUGGUAUUGGGACGCGACGAGCGGAUCAGGCACGAACCUGGUUAACGCCAGUUUCUGGCGGCCACCCUUCCCGUCUGGCUCCACCUGGAACCGGUGCGCUUUCCACGAUCCUGACCCUUCAAGCUUUGGACUGAAGAAUGUUGACUGCAGCUCUUCUCCAGUGGCGGGGACAGUGUGCAUUCAAUAAAAUUAUUGGGACUUCGACCACAAAGCUCGCAAUUGCUCAUGGGAGAAGAGAUGAAAUUCCCGCUAAUUGAGCCCAUACAAAUUAAGCCGAUCUACCGAAACGUAGAAGGAACGUUUAUAUGCUUCCAACCCUUUCAUAGAAAAUGAAUGAGAAUAUUACGAAAAUAUCCGUCUAAAUAAUGUCAUUCUCUCUUGUCAUUCAAAACGCAGCGAAAAUGUCCGCUUGAUGCUUUCUUCGUAAACUUUAAAAUUGCUCCUGCAUGCAACACGUAAUAACGAUACCUUAUUCACUUCUUCUCCACAUGAAUGCUAAGUCUGAACAAUUUGCGGAAUUAUAUUCUACCCACCAACACAGUUACAGUGGCG